AUGCAACGAUCUUAAAAGUAUAGAGCCAAAAUCCCAACAGAUUAUAGCUAUUUGAAAGAAGAGAUUAAAGAAAUUAGAGUAAAUUGGAGAUCUAUUCCAGUGCUCUUGCCUCUAAGUUUAAUAUUUGAAUUAGUUUUGUUAUACGCUUUUGUAUUUUUUGUUUUGUUUUGGGUAAACAUUAUUUAAAAAUUUUAUGAGACAUUAAACUUUCAAUAUCCUGGCCCACUAAUCGGUUCAGUUUUUAUGAUAACUUUUUGA